UCGGCAUGGCUUGCACCAGGAGAACCAAAACUUUGGUGUCCACAUGCGUGAUCCUUAGCGGCAUGACCAACAUUGUUUGCCUGCUCUAUGUCGGAUGGGUUACUAAUUACAUCGCCAAUAUUUACAUCAAAGUGCCGAUGCCUUUACCGGAGAGAAAGUUAGAGGGUGACAAAAGAGGUGACACCAUCCGGAUCAUGGAGAGGCUGGAUCGGCUGGAGAAUGUGGUCAACCAGCACAUACAAGAAACUCCGGGGAGGGGAGAGGACGGUCAGGCGGACACAUCAUUCUCUGACUCGUCAUUGUUCGCUCGCUGGGGUCAGGAGCUCAGCCCGGACAACCGACGGGUGGCACUGAAGAUGUUCCAGUACUAUGGAUAUAAUGCCUACCUCAGUGACCGUCUCUCUCUAGACAGGCCAAUACCAGACCUCAGGCCUGAUGGGUGCAGAAACAUCACUUAUCCUUUAAACCUCCCUCAAGUGAGCAUUGUGUUCAUUUUUGUGAAUGAAGCCUUGUCCGUCAUCAUGCGGUCCAUUCAUUCUGCCAUCAGUAGGACGCCCUCCCACCUUCUCAAAGAGAUAAUCCUGGUGGACGACAACAGCAAUAACAACGAGCUAAAGGAGAAGCUGCAGGAUUUUGUGUCUGAGACUAACAGCCAACGUCCAGGAUUCAUUAAGAUGGUGCGGCAUUCCAAGCAGGAAGGUCUGAUCCGGUCCAGAGUGAGUGGGUGGAGGGCUGCCACCGCCCCAGUCGUCGCGCUGUUUGAUGCCCACGUCGAGUUCAACGUCGGCUGGGCUGAACCCAUUCUGCAGAGAAUUCAAGAAGACAGGACCCGCAUAAUCUCCCCGUCAUUUGAUAACAUCAAGUACGACACGUUUGAGAUUGAAGAGUAUCCGCUGUCUGCCCAGGGCUUUGACUGGGAGCUGUGGUGUCGCUACCUCAACCCACCCAAGUCCUGGUGGCACAAGGGCAACAAGAGUGCACCAAUCCAGAGCCCGGCCCUGAUUGGCUGCUUCGUGGUGGAUAGGCUGUACUUUGAGGAGAUUGGCUUGCUGGAUGAAGGGAUGGAGGUGUACGGGGGAGAAAAUGUGGAGCUGGGCAUCAGGGUGUGGCAAUGUGGCGGCAGUGUUGAAGUCCUACCUUGUGCUCGCAUCGCCCACAUAGAGCGUGCUCAUAAACCUUACACCGAGGAUCUAACAUCCCACGUGCGGAGAAACGCCCUCAGAGUUGCAGAAGUUUGGAUGGAUGAGUUUAAAAGCCACGUCUACAUGGCCUGGAAUAUUCCCAUGGAGGACUCGGGGAUUGAUAUUGGUGACAUCUCUGAGAGGAAGGCUCUGAGGAAGAGGCUGCAGUGCAAAACUUUCCGAUGGUACCUGGUCAACAUGUACCCUGAGAUGAGGAUGUACAGCGACACCAUCGCAUAUGGAGUACUGAAAAACUCUCUGAAGAAUGAUCUGUGUCUGGAUCAGGGGCCCGACAACGACAACGUCCCCAUCCUGUAUCUCUGUCACGGGAUGACACCUCAGAAUGUGUACUACACCAGUACUCAGCAGCUUCAUGUCGGGCUACUCAGUCCCACCGUUGACGACGACGACAACAAGUGCCUGGUGGACGUGAACAGCAGACCGCGCCUCAUCGAGUGCAGCUACGCCGCAGCCAAACGAAUGAAGCUCCACUGGCUCUUCACUCAGGGAGGAUCCAUUCAGAACAGGAAAUCAAAGAGAUGCCUAGAGCUUGUAGCGAGCAGUGACAAUGAGUUUGGCUACCAGCUGGCUCUGCAGAAAUGCACCGGACAGAAAUGGUUCAUAACAAACAUGCUCUUUAGCAACUCCUUAUGAUCGGCUGCUGAAAGGACCUCGGCAGUGAAUAGCACACCGGAUUGGAUGCAGUUGUUUCUUUUGUGUGCACAUUUUGUGUGUGUGUGUGUGCGCGCGCGUGUGUGUGAAAGGAUAAGAAGCAGGAGUCCGAUCGACGAGCGGUGCACGGUUAAACACCACCAUUUUGACCACCAUGAUGUCCUCUGAUGAGCGGUCGACAUCACAUCGUAAAUGUUAAACAUUUUAUUUUGCCUACAGGAUCAGCCAUAGUUGGCGAAUAUUUUGCAGAUUUGACAAGGUAGUAUAUUCAGUAUAUUUUGUGGUAAACACAGUACAGUCAGACUUUUGUUGACUUUAAAAGGUGUGAUGGGUCCAAUAUGUUUUUGUACUGUUCAUAACUGCUACUGUGUAGCAAGCUUUCCAAACCUGUCCCUGCUGUAAUUAUUUUCAUUUAGUGUCUCAGGUUUGUAGAUUUAUUAUGCGACUCAGCUGUACA